AUGUUGAGCUUCUUCUUAGGGGCUCUCCUAUGCUGCCUGCUGACUCAGAACGACAAGACUGAAGAGGGACCCAUGUGGGCCCGGCUGCACUUCGGCGUUGGUGAUGACACGGAGCAGUCAGCGGGGUUGGAGGAAUUUCUGCUGAACUUGACGGAGCAUUGCCAGGUCUCGCGACGCAACUCGAUUGCGGAGAUACAUCGAGCCGGCAAAAUUAUGGAGAAAGACAUCAACGAUUCAUUCGAGGCGCAAGGGCUGGCCGUGAUGGGCGAGAGCCAGAAGAGCCUGUCGAGUGUGGGAUUGUUGUCCUCCCUGGUCGUGAGACUGGAGUACGGCCAAUUUCUACGAGAGGUGCCACCGGCUCCCCGCUUGAGGCCAGCAGAUUGGACCUACAAGCAUCAGGUCGGAGUUCAGACCUCGCCCAGGCAGAGGUCUUCGGAGCAAUCCGAGUAUUCAGAAGAGGAAGAGGAGGAGGAACGUCAAGGACAAUCUCAGCAGACUGAUGUGUUUGGGCGGAAGCACUCCCCACAUCACCGUCCGAUGGAACCAGCCGAGCUGUUUGAGGCGGAGAUCAAGGCUUGGAUUUGCGAGAAACUUGGUCGUCUGACACCUGCCUCCUGCCUGGCAGUCAGCAGGCGAUGGCGAAGCGCGGCCCUGCAGGGGGUCACAGACUUGAAGUUGUUCAGCACCACGCUGGAAAAGGCCCUGGCGUUGAUCGCAGCAAGGCCCCACUUGCUACGCUUGGAUGUUUCGAAGUGCAAAGCCCUGCAUGAUGACGAUGCACUGGCAAAGUUGUCGAGCCUUUUGCGAGGUCUCAGGAGCAGUGGCAAAGUGCGACCCUUUCUCCGCCCGGGCGAGGGCUUGCGACACCUCUAUUUCGGAGCCGCACGAGGUCCAACGGCGACAUCCUGCCGAUGCUUGCAGCGUUUGGGACUGCAAUGGUGGGCCUUUCAUGCGCAGCCCAGCAGGGGAUCGAUCUUGGUGAGUCGGCCCUUGUUCCCCAGCGCCGGGCAGCCUGAGCUCAUCAGGUCGGUGAUUCUGGUCCUUGAGCAUUCGAAGAGUGGAUCGAAGGGUAUCAUCCUGACCCAGCACAGCAAGUUGGAGUUGGAGCUGGACUUGGGCUGGGACUUGCUUCAGAUUCCGGUGCGCUUUGGAGGUUCUUGUGGCAAAAGCCUUCUGUUGCUUCACAGCUCUCAAGAACUUCAGGGAGAAGAGGUGGCCAAAGGUGUCUUCCUGAGCUCCGAUGAAGUUGUGGCGCACGCCAGAGAUUUGCUGAGGUGGAAACAUUUGAGCCCCGAAGACCUCUGCUGCUUCUUUGGCUGCUGCCACUGGGAGCCAGGUGAGCUGGAGGCGGCCAUUGAAGCGGGCUACUUCGCUUCGGCCUUUUGCGACCCCGCCUUCCUGGUGUCGACCGACUUAUUGAACCACAGCCGCGAGCCUUUCUCGCCGCCCAGACACCAGGAGACCUCCAGUAGCUCCUGGCUGCGGCCUGCGCCAGCAGCGCCAGCAGCGCCAGCAGCGCCAGCAGCGCCGGCGCCGCGGCCACCAGCGCCACCUACUGAGGCAGCACAGGCAGCUUCGUCUCCAAAGAUGCUGCCAGCGCCUGUGCCAGCCGACCAGAUGCCUGAGAUCGUCAGAUCGAUCGACAGGCCUCUCCCCAGUGUCAGAAGCAGAGUGCAACAACUGGAGGAGGCCACAGCUGCCACCACCCGAGAUGCCCAAGAUCGACGGCCCCUGCGGCCACCCCCGGGUGGCCUUGGGCGCAGCAGCUUUGGACAGGUCAAGGUGCCAACACCCAGACAUGGACCUCACAUGCAGGAAGUGGUCGCGCCACCCCCUCCCAAGGCGCCUUCCCGCAAGGCGUCGCCCGCUCCCCGGCCUCAAGAGAUUCAGGCACACUUUGUGGACUAUCAAGACUCUCACGAGGCACCCAGCCGCCGCAUGUCUCCGGCCGGCUCCAGCGAGCCCUUGGUGCCACAGUCGCCACCAUGGCAGGCAGCGGCGCCAAGCAGCCAGGACACCAACCAGGCGCCGCAGCUUCCACACCUGCUUUGCAGGCCCGGUCGCAUGGCGCUGACCGAGCUCGCUAGCGAGGAGGCCAAGCCGGACUCGCCGGAGAGGUGCCGCAAACAGGCGGCCAGCGGUUGA